AGUGCCUCGCUCUGUUUUUGCGUCUUCACCACAAGGAAGCUUCUGUAACAGUUGUGUUCUAAAAUUAGGGAGGAACCCCAUCUGCAGAUGACGUCCGAACUCUAAACUGGACCGUCGUCACCUCGGUGUGUGCGCGUGUGUGUCUGUGUGUGUGUCACCGUUGACCGGACCCGAGCCAUGGGAACGUCCCCCUCUACUUGUUGCUGACAUGGGGAGUAUUUUUAGCGCUUGUUGUCAUCUGUCCGGACCGGCCCGCCCGCCUCGUCCGAUAUAAAGGAGUGGGACAACAUGCAGCUGUACAACAGUGUCCUCACGCACUACCCGAGGUCCUCCAGCAAACUUACCAUAACUUUAUCCACCCGCUCCGAGCCUGUCAACGGGACUUCAAACACCCCCGAGGCGGAUAAAGAGGCAGAGACAGCUGUCAACAGUGAUCCGGUGAGCGAGGCGCCUUCUUCCGCAAACAUGCCCGCCUUCUCCUGCUACGACUCCUCGUCCAUGAGGCCCGUUUACUUCACGUCCACGGCUGAGAUUUUGAUACGCAGACCCGACGGCGUGGAGACGUCCUACCCGGUCCAUGUCGUGAGGGGCUCGAAGCAAAAGCCACCGGAAGACUCCGACAUGUUGGUUGACUUGCUGGAUCAGCUGACUCAUGGAGCAGACGAGAGCUUCUCCGAUUACCAUGGAAACACACUUGUGUUCAGCAAAAGUCAACCCAAAAUAGAAGACCACGGAGGAAUCUGUUCAAGCGAAGAGGUAGAAGGUUCCAGGAGAAACGGUUGGGCCUUGAAUGAUGAGUCAGAGUCAUGUGACACAGAAGAUGCAACGAUGAAGAUAUGCGACUUUGAGGCACCAAAGGAAGGUCAGAGGGAGUUUGAGCUCUCUGUUCUACAAGAAGCUCCGAGGCAGACGUGCUCUGAAAAGGGUGACGACAAAGUCAUGCGCUACCUGGCUGAGGUGGAGACACAGAACCUUUACCUGGAGGAGCACCAGAAGUUCAGGUACCACAUCAUUCCAGAUGGCAACUGUUUGUACAGAGCCGUGUGCAAGGCCACGUUCGGGGACCAGGCCAGGCACGGUGAGCUGCGGGAGCAGACGGUGCACCACAUCGCCGACCACCUGGACCAGUUCAACCCCAUCAUCGAGGGAGAUGCUGGGGAUUUCUUGAUCAACGCGGCGCAGGAUGGAUCCUGGGCAGGAUACCCAGAGCUGCUGGCCAUGACGCAGAUGCUCGACGUCAACGUCCACCUGACCACCGGGGGCAGCAUGGAGAGUCCCACCGUGUCCACCAUGAUCCACUUCCUUGGGGACGAGGACGCAUCCAGGCGUGCUAUCUGGCUCAGCUGGCUCAGUAACGGACACUAUGACGUUCUCCUGGACAAGAGUCUCCCGAAUCCUGAGUACGAAGACUGGUGCCGACACACGCAGAUGCAGAGGAAGCGGGACGAGGAACUGGCCAAGUCAAUGGCUGCGUCUUUGUCCAAAAUGUACAUAGAAAGCAACGGCUCUGUGAGCCAGACUGUGCCAGAGUGCUGACAACUUGAUGUCAAUGACUUUACACUCUUCUUUUUUUUGUCAAGAAAAAGUGCAGUGCACACACUCUGGUCAAACUGAAAGGUUGCGAGUCUGUUCGGGGUGGUGGUUUGAGUGAUAGAUUUAUAUUUUCAUAAGCGCAUUGUAUUUAUUUGUUCAUAACUUAAGGAACUGCGGUCAGAAGUAUCUAGGAUUGAUUCGACAUGUACUGACAGGUGAAAAGUCAUUUUAGUUGUUUCAAAUGUGAUGUGUUCAAAACAAAUAGAUCAAAAUAUAACACAGUAAAGUGAGUUUUGAUUUUGGAUGCCAGUAAUUGAUUCCAGUUGAGGAAUGCUGAAAAUAAAAUUCCUUCUCUCAGCUGCAAUAAUGGAUUAUUCGCUGGCCCAAACAAAUUUGUCCCACGUUUAAGAAAAAAACACACACAAAAACAACGCAUGUUCAUCAAUUUAUAAUGUACAUGGACCAUCUGUGAUUUCUCUCUCGUGUUACUUGUGUUGUUACUUAUUUUUGGUUCAUAGUUUGAUUCUGAUUUGCUGCCUUUUGCACACUUUGAAAGUACAGUAUCUUUGUUUUGGUUUCCUAUGAUUCCACUUUUUUUUAACGUCAACAAACAACUUCUAUUAAAGUAUCUUGCCUAUGUUGAUUUUUGUCUGUCAAACCUGUUGAAGUAUGAGUUGGCUACUUAUCUUUACGCACACAUGAGCAUUGAUGAUGGCAGCCGGUGCCAUCCAGGCUGAUCCGCUAUUAUGGCUCAACCAGCAUUGAUCGAUCGUGUAUUGAGCUCAAAUGUGUUUACCCCGCAGCUUUCAUUAGGAACCAGAUCAAUAUGUGACCAACAUACAGGAAAAGAUGAUACCACCAUCAGAAACCUCUUUCAAACCCUUCAACUCCAUUAUUCAAUAAUAAGUGUUUUCACUUAAAAUAUGCUCAAGUUUCAUUUGUUGUCAUGGUAUCAUUUCCUGGUGACUUUGUUUCUACAGUGUCGAUUGCGUUGUUGAUUUGUGUAUGUGUUAUAAGUUUGUCUGAUUAAUGCU